GCGCACGCCGGAGAACAAGCCACUGCUGUGGGGAAGGAAGCACGGAAAGAGCUGGGGGCGGCACGAUACGACACAGCACGCCUGCCCGGGCAGGGGACCGACCGCCUUCCCAUGGCUCCGGGUACCUUGAAGACGAUGUGGGGCAGCAUGGAGGUGGCCCUGCCUGGCCUCUGCACCAUCCUGCUCUGCUGUGGCCCCAUGCUGGCCAGCUGCCACCGGGUGGCCUUAUUCCCAGCUAUGUUAAGUCUCCCUGCAGGAGGCUCAGCUACCUUCUUCUGCAAUAUCUCCGUGGAGAACAAUUUCGGCUCGGAGUACAGCCUCAAUUGGUACAAGGAGACCAACAACAGCCAAGCCCAAAAAAUCGCUGAAAUCAGCCGGAACAACACCCAGACAAACACAAAAAAGUACCUGCUCACCAACCAUGCUCCUGCCUUCACAAUCGAGAUCCUGAACCUUCACCAGAAUGACUCAGGCUCCUACUACUGCGGGCUGAUCACCUUCUUUGAACCUGACAAAGUGAUGGAGAGCAACCGGUCCCACCUGGUGGUCACAGCAGCCCCUGAGAAGACGAAUGCCACCGAUGAGCCUGAGAUGGAGGAAAGCAAUCCCCCGGACCACAUCAAGGCCGUGCUCCUGGGCAUCCUGCUGCUGGCCGGGGCGGUUGUGCUGCUGAUCUUCGGCUACCUCACGGUCACAUACAGGAGAGGAGAUGUGCAGAAACCACCAAGUGAAAACAAACCAGUGAAGGAAGAAAAGCCCCCCAUGGUGUCCGUGUCCACCGUGGACUACGGCGUGCUGGAAUUUCAGUGGGAGCAGCACGCCCAGAUUCCCUCUGAGACUCGGCUGGCCGACCAGACCGAAUACGCCACCAUUGUCUUCCCAGAGGAGAAACCUGUCACGCCAGAGAGAGGCAAGAAACACCAGGACAAGAGGACUUGGCAGCUUCAGUCGCAGCCCUGCUGAGGGCUGGGGUCCCUCCUCGCUGAGGGGUGGGGGCAGGGACAGGCUGCCCUGGCCCCUCGCUCCCACUGCAGUUUGCAGUUGGGAAAAAUCCAGUGUGCCAGGACCGAAACAACAGAGGGGCCGCUGCUGGAGUUGAUAUCAGACAGUCCUGGCCACGGUGGAAUCGUGGCUGUGGGAUGGGUACCACAGGAUGAGGAAGGUCCCUGCUGGGCUCCACGUGAUGCCUCUUCACUCAUUGCAGGGAGGAUGGACUGGGGAAGAGCAGCAAUGACAACAGGUCUGUCCUGAAGGUGAUUUACAUCAUAACUCUGUUUUCUACCUCCACCUGGGGCUCUCUGGAGUGGCCACGCUGCUUCCCUUGCCCAGGUCUGACCCAACUAGCAAAGCACGACUGUGGGAGAAAAGACUGGAGGCCAGAGCUGGAGUGGGUCCUGGGAGAUGCUGAUCACGGGAGCCUGGGGCUGGGGGGCUUCUCCUCACGUGGGGCAGAGGCUGCCUUGUGUGCCACUAUUUAAAGAAACCCCUGCGAAGUGGGUGGCUGAUUUUCCUCCUGUCUCCAGGCGCUUUCCUCUUCAAGAAGGGAAAUCUACCCCCAUGCCCCUCCCUCCACAGGUGGGAGACAGAUCUGUCCCUGUGGGGUGAAUAAAGGGUUUCACGUC